UCGAUUAAAGCGAUCAUCGCCUCCAAUUCCAUUCUAUUCUCAAGACCUGAAACAAACACCAAUCGCUUGCUCAGAAAAUCGUCGAACGAAAGAUAUGCUAUUCUGGACUUUUUUGGAAGGGCUUCUGCUGUUCGCAAACGCCUUCGCAAUUCUAAACGAGGAUCGAUUCCUUGCUCGGAGAGGAUGGACGUUGGCGGAUAUGCCGAGAGAAGGAAGAAACUCGCUCAAAGCGCAGGUAAUAGGACUCAUCCAUGCUUGCCAGUUCUUGAGACUUCCACUCAUUCUUUUCAACAUCAUCACCAUCAUCAUUAAGCUUCUCUCUGGCUGAUUUCAGUAUAGAAAGUGACAGAGAUUCCUGUAAAUUAUUGUGUAUUGUUGAAGCAUUUCAUAGUUUCAUUCGUUGUAUGUAAUCGAUCGUCAACUGGUAAUAUGUUUGUUUGCUCUUGAUUUUAGCUUCCUGUUCGUGUU